AUGACGACCAUCAACAAGGCGAUCGCGCCCGUGCCGACGGCACAAGAGUUCCUCGAUGUUAUCCUUUCCAAGGUACGUCAUUUCCCAAGGCAUGGUGGCCGUCGGCGAGCCUGGGACGCGCGAACCUCUUCGACCCACUCGGCUGCGAAGGACGGGGGAAUUGGCCCCCGCGCGGCCGUCACUGGUACUGAUCGCCGAGCCCAGUCUCGUUUCGAGGGACAAUAGCAGCUUACGGUUGUGUUCCUCUCCCCGAAAAAUGCUUGAUUCCGAUAGACGCAACGCAAGACGCCCACCGUCAUCCGAAGUGGUUUCAAGAUCACGCGUAUUCGCUCCUUCUACAUGCGCAAGGUGAGCGGCCUCCCCACUUUCGGGCGACGAACUGGCGCCGAGGGUGGUUAACGGUGGACUAUAUCUUGUCAAUUCUCUCGCGCAGGUCAAGUUCACGCAGCAGUCGUUUGAAGAGCGCUUGGACCAGAUUUUGAGCGAGUUCCCGAUCAUGGAGGUGAAUAAUUGGACUGAUUGCGAGUGAGCGUUCGUCAACCAACCAUCCUGACCAAUUCGUUCUGGCGCCGCAUCAUCUAUAGAACCUCCACCCCUUCUUGUCCUCGCUCCUCAAUGUUCUGUACGACAAAAAUCAUUACAAACUCGCGCUGGGUCAGCUCAAUACCGCGCGCCACCUCAUCGUUUCGGUCGGCAAGGACUACUGCCGCCUCCUCAAGUUCGGUGACAGUCUGUUCCGAUGCAAGCAGCUCAAAAAGGCCGCCUUGGGUCGGUAAGUACGCAACUUCAGUCGCAGUUCCACCCGGGAAGCCGAAGCUGACGCCGAAGCUGACCCGUCUGCUUGCACUGUGCAGAAUGGCCACCAUUAUGCGAAGACAAAAGGACCCUCUCGCCUAUCUCGAGCAAGUUCGCCAGCACAUGUCUCGUCUACCGAGCAUCGAUCCGACAACCCGCACGUUGCUGGUGUGCGGAUACCCCAACGUCGGAAAGUCGUCUUUCGUCAACAAGAUCACGCGGGCCGACGUCGAUGUGCAGCCUUACGCCUUCACAACCAAGAGCUUGUUUGUCGGCCAUAUGGACUACAAGUACCUGCGCUGGCAGGUGAUUGACACCCCCGGGGUGCUGGACCAUCCGCUGGAGGAGAUGAACACGAUUGAAAUGCAGAGCAUCACCGCGCUCGCGCAUCUACGCAGUUGUGUCAUGUACUUUAUGGAUCUCAGUGAACAGUGUGGCUACACCGUCGAAGCCCAAGUAGGUCGUCGCGCCCUUCCGGCCUGAAGCUCUCGCCGCAGAUUACAGUUUCUUGUACUGAUAUUCCACCUUUGGGGGUCUCCUCCAGUGUCAACUAUAUCAAUCGAUCAAGCCCUUGUUCACCAACAAGCCCACCUUCAUCGUCGUCAACAAGAUUGACGUCACUCGCCCCUCGGACCUGGACCCGACCCGACGAGCCAUGCUAGACGCCAUCCUUGCGGAAGGCAACGUCCAGUUGCUCGAGCUCUCCUGCGUCUCCGAAGAGGGUGUGAUGGGCGUGAGGAACGCUGCGUGUGAUGCGCUCCUCCAACACCGAGUGGAAAGCAAGGAAAAGACGAAGCGAGUCGACAACGUGGCGAACCGUGUUCGCGUCGCUGUUCCCGUCAAGCGCGACACUGUGGACCGAACGCCCUUCAUUCCGGAUGCCGUUAAGACGCGCAAGACUUACGACAAGAACGACCCGGAGCGUCGACGACUUGAGCGUGACGAGGAGGCGGAGAACGGAGGCGCUGGCGCAUACAUGAUGAACUUGAAGAGUCAGUCAUCACGCGCGUCCCCAGCCGCCGAUUUUACCGCUAGGUGAUUCAAACUGACGUGCGCAACCAUGACCACAUUUGUACAGAGCACUACCUUUUGGCCAAAGACGAUUGGAAAUACGAUGUCAUGCCCGAAUUGCAAGACGGCAAGAACGUCGCAGACUUUAUCGAUGCCGAUAUCGUGGCUCGACUGGAGGAGCUUGAAGCCGAGGAGGAGCGCUUGGAAGCUGCUGGAUUUUACGACGAGGAUACAGACGAGGUGGGUGGGGUGGUGCAACGAAGGGCAAUAAUUGGCCAUGGAACUGACCCGUGGGCUGAUCUUCUUCAUGCGCAGGAUUCGGACGAAGAGGCUAUCCGCACCGCGGCGUCGACAAUUCGCGACAAGAAAGCGAAUAUCCGUCUCCUCAACCAGCAAAAAGACAAGCUCCAGAACCGGCCCAUCAUCCCUCGAACCGUACAACGACGAACGCUUUCCGAGAUGACGUCCAAGCUGUCCGAAGCGGGUUACGAUGCGACCAACUUGGAAGAACGUGCCAAGAUGUUGGCCAAGGCCCGCGGCCUCAUCGGUCGCAAGCGAGAGGCCGGUGAGAUGGACAUUGACGAGUUCGACGAGGGGGCAGAUGAUGGCGAGGCGGACUGGGUCGAAGCGGACGAGAGCAUGGACCAGGACGGCCCGCGGAAACGAUCCAAGACGGGCACCAAGUCCAUCGUCCCCAGUGGCAAGAGGCUGCCCACCAAAGAUCGACAAGUCGCAGGUCUGCGCGAUGCGGAACAGGCGGCCAAGGCCGUGCGCCUGCGCCAGCUGUACCAGCGCGAACCGAAUCGUUUGGCCAAAGCCUCCGAAUCAGAUCGUCACAUUCGUACAAAGAUGCCCAAAGUCAGGCGAACCACCCCUUCCUGUCGCAUUGGCUGCCGUAAUCACAAAACUGACCGAACCCCCUUUGUCCUUGGCACUUACAGCAUUUGUUUUCGGGCAAGAGAAAGGCGGGCAAGACGAACCACAGGUGA